AUGCUAGUUAAAUGUUUCAACAAAAUCAGCACACUCACUCAAGUGGGUGCACGUAGUAUGUCUAGUGAGGUUCGACGUGUUGUACUGAUUCCUGGUGACGGUAUUGGGCCGGAAAUCUCCAAAUCCGUUCAAGAUAUCUUCGAGGCAGCAAAGACUCCAAUUGAAUGGGAUCCUGUGGAUGUGACACCAGUCAAGGGAAGAGACGGGGUCUUUCGGAUUCCUUCGCGGUGUAUCGAGCUUAUGCACAAGAACAAGGUUGGCCUCAAAGGACCACUGGAAACGCCAAUCGGAAAGGGACAUCGGUCCUUGAAUCUUGCAGUACGCAAAGAGUUCCACCUUUAUGCGAACGUUCGUCCUUGUCGGUCUCUUGAAGGUCACAAGACGUUGUAUGAUAAUGUAGAUGUAGUGACCAUCCGUGAAAACACCGAAGGAGAGUAUUCUGGGAUCGAACACGAGAUCGUCUCUGGUGUCGUCCAAUCCAUUAAGUUGAUCACAGAGGACGCAUCUCGUCGGGUUGCAAAGUACGCUUUUGAAUACGCACGUCAAAACUCUCGUAAAUGUGUGACGGCUGUCCACAAAGCUAAUAUAAUGCGCAUGUCUGACGGCUUGUUUUUGAACAUUUGUCGCGAGCAAGCUUCUCAAUAUCCUGAUAUCAAAUUCUCGGAGGCGUAUCUUGACACAGUGUGCUUGAACAUGGUACAAGAUCCCUCACAGUACGAUGUGCUGGUCAUGCCGAAUUUGUAUGGAGAUAUCCUAUCCGAUCUUUGUGCUGGAUUAGUGGGAGGUCUUGGAGUAACACCGUCAGGAAAUAUUGGAGAAGACGCAGCAGUGUUCGAGUCCGUCCACGGGACAGCUCCGGAUAUCGCUGGUCAAGACAAGGCAAAUCCCACAGCUCUGUUGCUAUCUGCAGUAAUGAUGUUGCGGUACAUGAAUCUUACCGAGCACGCCUCGAAAAUUGAGCGUGCUGUUUUUGAGGCGAUUGCCGACGGAACUGCGAAAACGGGAGAUCUUGGAGGUACCGGCACCUGUUCUUCCUUCACAGCUGAUGUUUGUGCUCGCAUUCGGAACAUGGACUAA